AUCAGGGGUAGCAGCUUUCUCCGAUACAGAGCUCGAGGUGUGAGCGCGCGUGCGUGUGUGUGUGUUACUGAACAAACGAUUAAUGUACGUAAAAAGAUAACACCAGGCCAGUGGAGAGGCUCGAGACAGCGUGUGGUAGAAUUAGACCAAGUGUGUGUGGAGUAGCUGAGAGAGGCAUUCAGAUAUGGCGGCCAACAAGGGGAAAAAUCAGAGCUCCUUGGCAUUGCACAAGGUCAUCAUGGUGGGCAGCGGUGGUGUAGGCAAGUCAGCUCUUACACUCCAGUUCAUGUAUGAUGAGUUUGUUGAAGACUAUGAGCCCACGAAAGCGGACAGUUAUCGGAAAAAGGUUGUGCUGGAUGGGGAGGAGGUACAGAUCGAUAUUUUGGACACAGCUGGUCAGGAAGAUUAUGCAGCCAUCCGAGACAACUAUUUCCGCAGCGGAGAAGGUUUUCUGCUUGUAUUCUCUAUAACUGAACAAGAGUCUUUCACAGCCACAGCGGAAUUCAGGGAGCAGAUCCUGCGUGUCAAAGCCGAGGAGGAUAAAAUUCCACUGCUGCUGGUGGGGAAUAAGUCUGACCUAGAAGAGCGCAGGCAGGUGUCUGUGGACGAUGCCCGAACGAAGGGAGAGGAGUGGAAUGUACAGUAUGUGGAAACUUCUGCUAAAACACGUGCCAAUGUAGAUAAGGUAUUUUUUGACCUUAUGAGGGAAGUACGAGCCAAGAAGAUGUCAGAAAAUAAGGACAAAAAUGGAAAAGGAAAGAACAAGAAGAACAAGAAAAGCUUCAAGGAACGGUGCUGUUUACUUUGAACUCCACAUGGAGGUCUUCAUAAACAAAUCUACUUUCUACUCUAAGGACCAUUUAGUUUUUUCUUUGUUGCAAUCUAACAAUAAUUAAUGGCAGGUCAUCACUGUCAAGGCCUUUCAUAUUUCCUUUCUCCAUACACAAAAUCAUUUUUCAGAGAUUAAUGACCAGUGGCUACGUUGUGAGAAAAAGACUGUAGCACUUUAGGACUCACAUGACAUGGAGGUGAUCAACCUGUGCACAACACUAAGCUUUUUUUUUUUUUUUUUUUUAAUGUGAUUUUAUUUUAAUUUCACAGCUUGUUUUCAUACUCUUGCUAAAAUCUUUUUUUCUAUUUGAAGAAUUAUUUGAUGAUACAGUUUCUUUUAUUUAGAAAUAUAUAUAUAUUUUUAUCCCAUUGCCACUACAUAGUGGAGGCAUUAUGCUUUAGCUCUGUCUCUUCUGUCUAUCUGUGAUUCCUAUCCUUAUAUAGUUAUAAUUGGUGGUAUAUAUUGGAGGUAAAGGUAUCCUUAUCAACGGUUUGCCUUAGAUAAAAUGAAAUUGCUAAUGAGAGUAUGUUUGGUAUCAUAAAUCCAUUUUCACUUUAAUAGAAACAGAUUACUGAUUUGUGGUAUAAAUAUUUUUCUUCAGGAUGCCUGAGAGGCUAGAAGGCUGAUAUGAAGUUUUGGUAACAAAGUAGGAAGUAAAUACAUGGCGGCCAUUAUAUGCUGUCACACUCAACAAAAUAAAUUUUUAACAGUAAACUGCAGUUAAACAACUUUGAGGGAUUGGAAUGAUGGAACUUUUUGUGCACUAAAUAAAGCCCAGUUUUGCUAUAGAAGAAUCGACACUGCCUCCCACUGGUUGACAUUAAUACUUCACAGUCAUACAAAAGAGGUGCAUCACAUGGGUAGAUACUGCUAAGAUAGUAUUGCCUUGAUCACUCACUUACUUUCACUCACCUUCUAUACCGCUUUAUCCUGUAUUCAGGGUCGCGGGGACCUGGAGCCUAUCCCAGGAGGCUUAGGGCAUGAGGCAGGGUACACCCUGGACAGGAUGAAAAUCCAUCGCAAGGGUAUUGCCUUUAUGUUUGAGUUUUAUUGAGAUGGCUUUUCAAUAUUUUUUGUCAGUGCCCAUAUGACAAAUGUGCCAUAAGUACUUGUGCCAACCUAAUAUUAUAAGUAUAACAAUGACUUUUGACUGAAUGUUAAAUGAACUUAUUUGCAUAGCCUGUUUUAUUUAGUAUUCAGAUACACCCACUGCUUGCUACAGGUCCACCUAUGAUGAUGCUGAAAUUAAUGUUUUAUAUCAUGUUUAAAGGGUGAGCUCUUUCAGAAAUGGUCUGCAAUUUUAAAGAUUGUUUUCCACUGGAUGAUAAUCAAGAUAAUUUUAAGUAUGUUGCCAAAUAAACACUUUUGUUGUAUUUCUCAA